AUGGAAGCAAACUCCACUUCAUCAACUAAUGCUACUGCAAAGAAUGCUAGACGGCAGAGAAAACUAAUAUUAGCUCAUAGGCGACGCCUGCGUAAAAAUUUGUCUGGGAAACCACAAACUGUCGUGGUACACCAUGGUUCAUCCCCCAUGCAUAACCAAACACAUUCACAUGGGUGUGGUAGUUCAAUGGGUCCAACACAUUUCUCACCUGGAAAUGCUUUUACUACUGAGGCUGUCCCAACUGGUCAAUCUUCAAAUGCUGACUCAGUUGCUAGAAAAAGGAGGAGAGAAAUAUUGUCUAACAGAAACCAUGUUUCUAAUCACCCAAACAAAGAAAAUUUUUCGGACAGCUUACAAUAUGUUGUAAGAACCACUCAAACACCGACAUCAUCUCACCGGCUCCCUCUUUCUGCCAACCUGUCUAACCAUAUUAACACUGCACCCUCCGAUACACAUUUACAUCGACAAUUGCCGCAAAAAAGGAGGAGAACAAUUCCCACUGCUGCCAAUAACCUGUUGGCAACUUUUAACCAAACCAUUCCCCGUACUACCAACGCUGACCAUGCUUCUACUUCCAAUGCAUGCAACGAGACACUCAAUGUAACACAGCGUAUUGACAGAUCGGCUAAUUUUGCGGAUGAUUCAGACUCUAACUCCGAAGAUGACGUAAACUUGGGAUAUUCUUCUUCUGAUGAUGAUCAAAGCAUUCCCAAUAAUGAUCAUGUGGACUCACUUUUAGAACAAUACUCAGACAUAGGAGAUCGAGUUUGGGAUUGCCCAUUUUGUCAUGCCUCCAUGUGCGUUGCUGAUGGAGGAGGACCACCUACUUUACGCCUGCACGGUCAAACAUGUCAUCGAAUUGGGACGUUGAUGCCGGAUGCUGGAAAUGAUCCCCAAUAUGCUCAACUAUAUAUAUUUGACACUGACAAUGAAGUCAAUAACAGAAUGAAAUGUUUCAAGGACAAUGAUGCUCUCAGUAGGGAUAUUGUUCGUGAUUUAAAGGAUAUGUUGGACGAAUGCAAUCCUCAUGCAAAGGCAUUUCGAAUGGCAAGAGAUAUUUUGAGAGGAAAUGCAUUCUUAGACUUGAAGAUACGAUUGAUCAGUGAUAGGGCUGAAGAUGGCCGUGUUUACAAUACGCCUACUGUGUCAGAAGUGGCUGCUCUGAUUGUUGGAGAUAUCGAUCCUACAACACCGAGAGACAUUAUCGUCCAUGCACGCGAUGGCCAUUUGCAACAAAUAACUGAAUUUCAUCCUGCCUACUUAGCCUACCAAUACCCUCUCAUUUUUGUUUAUGGGGAGGAUGGAUAUAGGAAAAAUAUACUGCACAGGUAUGAGCAUGAGUCUGAGGUUACUAGGAAAAAUCGUCAAUCCAUCAAAGAUUGGUUGUGUUUCCGGUUGCAGGAACGUAAAUUAGAGGCAAUGACGUUGCUUCACUCAAGACGGCUUUUUCAACAGUUUUUGGUUGAUGGAUUUGCUAUGAUGGAGUCUGAACGUCUCAAUGGUUAA